GGAACCCAAAAUUUGGGACCAAAAGCGAUUAGCGGUAACCAUUAAAUAAGUUUCUUUGACUUGAGUUGGGUUAAAAGUCCGGAAUGUAUUUGCCCGAUCACCAUCCUCAAAUAAAGUAUUUUCUACAGGUCAUCACUUGUAAGAAAAUUCUUCUUUUGGUUCUUCGAGUUCUCUGAUCCUUGCUUCAAUUUUUUUUGCUGAGCUUGAAAGUUUUAAAUUCUUCGACUCCUCAAUUUUACCAAUUUCUCGUUUCCAAGGAAGUCUUCUGCCUCCAUAACCAGUCGUUCUUAAUUCAGUGUUCAACUUCUCAGAUCUUUGAUUUCAUUUGAUCUAAAUCCAUCUUAUGCACUGAAAUUUCCUCAAAAUUGAAAUGGGUAUUUUGUUUACUCGCCUUUUCUCAUCCCUCUUUGGCAAUAAAGAAGCUCGAAUCCUUGUUCUUGGCCUUGAUAAUGCUGGCAAAACCACUAUUCUCUAUCGGCUUCAGAUGGGUGAAGUAGUUUCUACCAUACCAACAAUUGGAUUCAACGUGGAAACUGUACAGUACAAAAACAUUAAAUUUCAAGUUUGGGAUCUGGGUGGGCAGACAAGUAUACGACCUUACUGGAGAUGUUAUUUUCCAAAUACUCAAGCAAUAAUCUAUGUGGUGGACUCAAGUGAUACUGAUCGGCUUGCUAUAGCCAAGGACGAAUUUCAUGCAAUUUUGGAGGAGGAAGAAUUGAAGGGAGCUGUGGUACUAAUAUUUGCCAAUAAGCAGGAUCUGCCUGGAGCACUUGACGAUGCUGCUGUGACAGAGGCGUUAGAGCUCCACAAGAUCAAGAGUCGGCAAUGGUCUAUCUUCAAAACCUCAGCCACCAAAGGAGAAGGCCUUUUUGAGGGCUUAGACUGGUUGAGUAAUACACUCCAAUCAGGAAGCAGUUAACUUGGUUUUUGAAGAACGCAAAGGAAUUGAUACUUGGUAGGAGAGUAUUAUUUACUUAAUUAAUGUUCAUCCAUGGUGAAUUUCACCACCAUAGACUUGUAUAAUUUUUUGUUACUUAUACAAAGGAAAUGAAUAUUGGAGCUUGCAACAUCUCUUUGUUUGCAGAGUAUACUUUUUGUAGUCUUUCUUAAUUACCUUGGCUUCAGUAUUUUUAAUUGAUUUUUUGGGGAUGUUAAUGUUUAUUACUCCUAUUUUAUAAAAAAAAAAAUGUAAGUCUA